GGAGUCCAACCUUUAAUUACUCUGUGGUGCACCAAAUACAGGCAGUAAUGGACACGGGGGUGACGAUGAUGAUGGUGAUGGACCCGGGAUGACCUUGGUGGACACAGGGAUGAUGAUGAUGAUGGACACAUGGAUACUGAUGAUGGUGAUGGGCACGGGGAUGCUGAUGAUGGCGAUGGACAUAGGGAUGCAGAGCUGACCUGCCCGGGGUGCAACAUCUCUAAAGAAGCUGCUGCAGGAUGAAAAGAUGGCAGCGCGGCUGCUCGCACCACCAGGCCCCGAGAGUUUUAAACCCUUCACUCCGGAGUCGCUGGCCAACAUCGAGAAACACAUCGCGGAGCUGAAGAAGAAGCAGCGCUCCAAGCAGGACAGCAGCCACCGGGACGACGAUGAGGACAGCAAACCAAAACCAAACAGUGACCUCGAGGCGGGCAAGAAUUUGCCUUUCAUCUACGGGGACAUCCCUAAAGGGCUGGUUGCUGUGCCACUGGAGGACUUUGACCCUUAUUAUAUGACCCAGAAAACCUUUGUAGUACUAAACAGAGGGAAAACACUCUUCCGAUUUAGUGCCACACCUGCCUUGUACAUUUUAAGUCCUUUUAAUCUGUUUAGAAGAAUAGCUAUUAAAAUUUUGAUACAUUCAGUGUUUAGCAUGAUCAUCAUGUGCACUAUUCUGACCAACUGUGUGUUCAUGACUUUUAGUAACCCGCCGGAGUGGUCCAAGAAUGUGGAGUACACAUUCACCGGGAUUUAUACGUUUGAAUCACUGGUGAAAAUCAUUGCCAGAGGUUUCUGUAUAGAUGGCUUCACCUUCCUGAGGGAUCCCUGGAACUGGCUGGAUUUCAGUGUCAUCAUGAUGGCAUAUGUCACAGAGUUUGUGGACCUUGGGAAUGUCUCAGCAUUGAGAACUUUCAGAGUUCUCCGAGCUUUGAAAACUAUCUCUGUAAUUCCAGGCUUGAAGACCAUCGUGGGUGCCCUGAUCCAGUCAGUGAAGAAGCUGUCGGAUGUGAUGAUCCUGACAGUUUUCUGUCUCAGUGUCUUUGCCCUCAUUGGGCUCCAGCUGUUCAUGGGCAAUUUAAGGAACAAGUGUGUGAUUUGGCCAAUUAAUGUGAACGAGACCUUCCUGGAUAAUGGCUCCAGGGGCUUCGACUGGGAGGAAUACACCAACAAUAUGUCAAAUUUUUACAUCAUUCCUGGUGCCCCCGACCCUUUGCUCUGUGGUAACAGCUCAGAUGCAGGCCAAUGUCCAGAGGGGUACACGUGCAUGAAGGCAGGACGGAACCCCAACUACGGCUACACGAGCUUCGACACCUUCAGCUGGGCUUUCCUGGCUUUGUUUCGCCUUAUGACUCAGGACUUUUGGGAAAACUUGUAUCAAUUAACUUUACGAGCGGCAGGAAAAACCUACAUGAUCUUCUUUGUGCUGGUGAUCUUUGUGGGAUCCUUCUACCUGGUGAAUCUGAUUUUGGCUGUGGUGGCCAUGGCCUACGAGGAGCAGAACCAGGCAACCCUGGAGGAGGCAGAGCAGAAGGAGGCAGAAUUCAAGGCCAUGUUGGAACAGCUGAAAAAGCAGCAGGAAGAAGCACAGGCUGCUGCCAUGGUCACCUCGGCAGGGACGGUGUCUGAAGAUGCUGUGGAGGAUGAUGGUGGGGGGAGGAUGUCUCGGAGCUCCUCAGAGAUUUCCAAGCUCAGUUCCAAGAGUGCCAAGGAGCGUCGGAACAGGAGGAAGAAGAGGAAGGACAAGGAGCUGUCGGAAGGAGAUGAGAAGUGUGACAAUGAGAAGGUGUUCAAGUCAGAAUCUGAGGAUGGCAUGAGGAGGAAAGCGUUCAGGCUGCCAGAUAACAGGCUGGGAAGGAAGUUUUCCAUCAUGAACCAGUCUCUCCUCAGCAUCCCGGGCUCCCCUUUCCUGUCCCGCCACAACAGCAAGAGCAGCAUCUUCAGCUACAAGGGGCGCUUCCGCGACCCGGCCUCGGAGAACGAGUUCGCCGACGACGAGCACAGCACGGUGGAGGAGAGCGAGGGCAGGAGGGACUCGCUCUUCAUCCCCAUCCGCGGCCGCGACCGGCGCAGCAGCUACAGCGGCUACAGCGGCUACAGCCAGGGCAGCCGCUCCUCGCGCAUCUUCCCCACGCUGCGCCGCAGCAUCAAGAGGAACAGCACCGUGGACUGCAACGGCGUCGUGUCGCUCAUCGGGGGGCCGCCCUCCAGCAUGCCCGGGGGCCGCAUCCUGCCCGAGGGUACCACUGAAAUCGAAAUUAGGAAGAAGCCUGGUGGGUCUCUCUUGGUCUCAAUGGAUCAGGUGAACGCGUCCUAUGGAAGGAAGGAUCGGACCAACAGUGUCAUGACUGGGUUGACCAACACCCUUGUUGAGGAGCUGGAAGAGUCCCAGAGGAAGUGUCCUCCUUGCUGGUACAAAUUUGCCAAUACCUUCCUGAUCUGGGAAUGCCACCCAUACUGGAUGAAGCUGAAGGAGAUUGUGAACUUAAUUGUCAUGGAUCCUUUUGUUGACUUGGCCAUCACCAUCUGCAUCGUGCUGAACACGUUGUUCAUGGCCAUGGAGCACCACCCCAUGACCCCCGAGUUCGAGCACGUGCUCUCUGUAGGAAAUCUGGUUUUCACUGGGAUUUUCACAGCAGAAAUGUUCCUGAAGCUCAUUGCAAUGGAUCCAUACUAUUAUUUUCAAGAAGGCUGGAACAUCUUUGAUGGCUUUAUUGUCUCCCUGAGUUUAAUGGAGCUGAGUCUGGCAGAUGUGGAGGGACUUUCCGUGCUGCGAUCUUUCCGAUUGCUGAGAGUCUUCAAACUGGCCAAAUCCUGGCCCACUCUGAACAUGCUGAUAAAAAUCAUUGGUAACUCAGUGGGUGCCUUGGGGAAUUUGACCUUGGUGCUGGCCAUCAUCGUGUUCAUCUUCGCCGUGGUGGGAAUGCAGCUCUUUGGCAAAAGCUACAAGGAGUGUGUCUGCAAGAUCAAUCCCGAUUGUGAGCUACCCCGCUGGCACAUGCACGAUUUCUUCCACUCCUUCCUUAUUGUCUUCCGUGUGUUGUGUGGGGAGUGGAUUGAGACCAUGUGGGAUUGUAUGGAAGUGGCAGGACAGGCCAUGUGCUUGAUUGUCUUCAUGAUGGUCAUGGUCAUCGGAAAUUUAGUGGUGCUGAACCUGUUCUUGGCCUUGUUGCUGAGCUCCUUCAGCGCAGACAACCUGGCAGCCACGGACGACGACGGCGAGAUGAACAACCUGCAGAUCUCGGUGAUCCGCAUCAAGAAGGGCAUCGCCUGGACCAAGGCCAAGGUCAGGGAGUUCAUGCAGGCCCACUUCAAGCAGAGAGAGGCCGACGAGGUGAAACCCUUGGACGAGCUGUACGACAAGAAGGUGAACUGCAUCGCCAACCACACCGGGGCCGACAUCAACCGCGACAUCGAUUUCCUCAAGAACGGCAACGGCACCACCAGCGGCAUCGGGAGCAGCGUGGAGAAGUACAUCAUCGACGAGGACCACAUGUCCUUCAUCAACAACCCCAACCUCACCGUGCGCGUCCCCAUCGCCGUGGGGGAGUCCGACUUCGAGAACCUCAACACGGAGGAUUUCAGCAGCGACACGGAUCCCGAUGGCAGCAAAGAGAAACUCGACGAGAGCAGCUCCUCCGAGGGCAGCACCAUCGAUAUAAAGCCUGAGGUGGAGGAGGUGCCCGUGGAGGCACCAGAGGAGUACCUGGACCCAGAUGCGUGCUUCACUGAAGGCUGUAUGCAGCGCUGCAAGUGUUGUCAGGUCAAUAUUGAGGAGGGGCUGGGAAAGUCGUGGUGGACCUUGAGGAAAACUUGUUUCCUAAUUGUGGAGCACAAUUGGUUUGAGACUUUCAUCAUCUUUAUGAUCCUGCUGAGCAGUGGGGCUCUGGCUUUUGAGGAUAUUUACAUCGAGCAGAGGAAAACCAUCAGGACCAUCCUGGAGUAUGCAGACAAGGUCUUCACUUACAUUUUCAUCCUGGAGAUGCUGCUGAAGUGGUGUGCCUAUGGAUUUGUCAAGUUCUUCACCAACGCCUGGUGCUGGCUGGAUUUCCUCAUCGUGGCUGUCUCUUUAGUCAGCCUUAUAGCUAAUGCCCUGGGCUACUCGGAACUAGGUGCCAUAAAAUCCCUUAGGACACUAAGAGCCUUGAGGCCUUUAAGAGCGUUGUCCCGAUUUGAGGGGAUGAGGGUGGUUGUCAAUGCCUUGGUUGGCGCUAUCCCUUCCAUUAUGAAUGUCUUGUUGGUCUGCCUUAUCUUCUGGCUGAUUUUCAGCAUUAUGGGGGUUAACCUGUUUGCCGGGAAAUAUCAUUACUGCUUUAAUGAAACAGCUGAGCAUCGCUUUGAGAUAGAGGUUGUUAACAACAAGACAGACUGCGAGGCUCUGAUGCCACCCAACUCCACGGAGAUCCGAUGGAAGAAUGUGAAAAUUAACUUUGACAACGUUGGGGCAGGAUAUCUGGCUCUGCUGCAAGUCGCUACAUUCAAGGGCUGGAUGGACAUCAUGUAUGCAGCUGUAGAUUCCAGAAAGCAAGAAGAGCAGCCCAAGUACGAGGACAACAUUUACAUGUACAUUUAUUUUGUUAUCUUCAUCAUCUUUGGCUCCUUUUUCACCCUGAACUUGUUCAUUGGUGUCAUCAUCGACAACUUCAAUCAACAAAAGAAAAAGUUUGGAGGUCAAGAUAUUUUCAUGACAGAAGAACAAAAGAAGUACUACAAUGCCAUGAAAAAACUGGGCUCAAAGAAGCCUCAAAAACCCAUUCCCCGACCUCUGAACCGCAUCCAAGGAGCCGUCUUCGACUUCGUCACGCAGCAAGCCUUCGACAUCGUCAUCAUGAUGCUCAUCUGCCUCAACAUGGUGACCAUGAUGGUGGAGACCGACACCCAGAGCAAGCAGAUGGAGGACAUCCUUUACUGGAUCAACUUUGUGUUUGUCAUCUUUUUCACCUGUGAGUGCGUGCUGAAGAUGUUCGCCUUGAGGCACUACUAUUUCACCAUCGGGUGGAACAUCUUCGACUUCGUGGUCGUGAUUCUGUCCAUCGUGGGGAUGUUCCUGGCUGAAAUCAUCGAGAAGUACUUCGUGUCACCCACGCUGUUCCGAGUCAUCCGCCUGGCUCGCAUCGGCCGCAUCCUGCGAUUGAUCAAGGGAGCCAAAGGGAUCCGCACGCUGCUUUUUGCCUUAAUGAUGUCCCUGCCUGCCUUGUUCAACAUCGGCCUCCUGCUCUUCCUGGUCAUGUUCAUCUUCUCCAUCUUCGGCAUGUCCAACUUCGCCUACGUCAAGCACGAGGCCGGCAUAGAUGACAUGUUCAACUUUGAGACCUUUGGCAACAGCAUGAUCUGCUUGUUCCAGAUCACCACCUCGGCCGGCUGGGACGGGCUCCUGCUGCCCAUCCUGAACCGGCCCCCAGACUGUGACCUGGACAAGGAGCACCCGGGCAGCGGCUUCAAGGGGGACUGCGGCAACCCCUCGGUGGGGAUCUUCUUCUUUGUGAGCUACAUCAUCAUCUCCUUCCUGAUCGUGGUCAACAUGUACAUCGCCAUCAUCCUGGAGAACUUCAGCGUGGCCACGGAGGAGAGCGCGGACCCGCUCAGCGAGGACGACUUCGAGACCUUCUACGAGAUCUGGGAGAAGUUCGACCCCGACGCCACGCAGUUCAUCGAGUACAGCAAGCUGGCGGACUUCGCCGACGCCCUGGAGCAUCCCCUGCGCGUCCCCAAGCCCAACACCAUCGAACUCAUCGCCAUGGACCUGCCUAUGGUAAGUGGGGACAGGAUCCACUGCUUGGACAUCCUGUUUGCCUUCACCAAACGUGUGCUGGGGGACAGCGGGGAGCUGGAUAUCCUGAGACAGCAGAUGGAGGAGAGGUUUGUGGCUUCCAACCCUUCCAAAGUGUCUUAUGAGCCCAUCACCACCACGCUGCGGCGCAAGCAGGAGGAGGUGUCGGCCGUGGUGAUCCAGAGGGCUUACAGGGCUCGUUUGGCACGACGGGGCUUCAUCAGCCGAAGGCCUGCCGCCACCAAACUGGAAAACGGGGGAGCCAACAGGGAGAAAAAGGAGGGCACCCCAUCCACGGCCUCCCUGCCGUCCUACGACAGCGUCACCAAACCCGAGAAGGAGAAACAGCAGCGGGCGGAGGAGGGCAGGAGAGAAAAGGCAAAGAGACAAAAAGACGCCAGGGUGGCCAAGUCUUGAGACACACACACACACACACACACACACACACAGAGAGAGAGGAAAAAAAAAUUAACAAAAAACAAAAAAUAGUAGAAUUGUACGAAUUAAAAAAUUUGCAAGCGGAAAAAAAAAAAAAAAAAGAUUGUUUACAAACUUCCUGAAAUAUAUCAAUACAGAACAGCUGUGGAGACACUUACCUGAAGAUCUUAUACCAAACAUAGUCUGCUUACUGUGUGACAGCGUUGCAUCUAAAGCAGUGACCUACCACCUGUUUAAAGGACCCUGUAAACAAACAUUUAAACACAAAAAAAAAAGGAAAAAAAAAGGAUUUUCUAUUGUUUGGGCAGGUGGAUACUGCAUGUUCCACAUCAGUCAAUGCAACUUAGGACAAACAAGCAAAAUAAACCACACACACACAAACACACAGAGAAACAAAACCCGCUGCUGGGAUUCAUGUAUUUUCCAAAGCAGCCCCAAAUGGAUUUUAUUUUCCCAUUUUGUUGAUUAUUCUCAGAAGAAAACCCAGAAGUCACAGUGUCAAUGGGUUUGUUCAUGCAAAACUAGAUUUGCAUUUAGUUAAGCAGCAAAAUAAAAAUAAUUUUUAAAAAGAGGAAAAAAAUUGAAAAAAGAGUUAAAACAAGCAGAACAAAAAAAAAAAAGAAAAAAAUGCAACAAGGCACCCAUUAAGCCCACUGAGUUACCAUAGUUUAUUUGAGAUUUAUUAUUUGCAUUCUACUUUCUACAUGGGCUUGACUUGGUUUGGGAGAUGGGGUGGUCGGGUACCUGCAGCCUGGAGCCAGCUCGGGCUGAUCCCCCCCCAAAAAACAAAGUGCUCGUCAACGCCUAGAAGCGAAUUUUUUGCAGAUUUUUGCAGAUUUUUUGCAUGAUGGCAUGACCAGGGACCAUGCAUGAGGAACCACAACCAGGGGACACGCACUCACCUGUCCACAGAGGUGUGUUAAGCCAUAAAUUUGAGGCACUCCACUGAGUAUCUACCGCACACUGUAUUUUGGAGAGAAACCUUAGUGAUGCUCCUGCCCGCCACCAGUACUCCCAGCUCACAGAGAAUCUUCCAUAAACCUGCCAGUAGAAGAAAAAAAAAAAAAAAAACAACCAAAAAAAACCCCAACAAAACCUCAGUGUAACUCUAAAACCACAAAAAACCCCAACAGAACAAGCAGGUGAAUGAAUUGUGUGUGUCUGUUUAACAACUUCAACUUUCUUUUCCAUACAGCCAUGGUUUUUUUGCACACUGAAACAGAACAAAAUUCCAAAAUGCUGCUCUGGACCUCACCAAAAGGGGGAGGAUAAAUCUGGGAAUGGCUUGUUAUCCAUGUCACUGUAAAUCCAAAACCUAGGGCUUCAACCAGCCAGCAAGGUCAGUUGUAUCCUGCAAUAUUUAGCAUUAAUAUUAAUUAUCCUCCAGCCUCCAUCCUGCAGCGUGGACACUUCUUUUGGUAGAGAUAAAUGUUAAAAAAGAAAAAAAAAAAAAA